AUGGCAACAAAUACAGUAUUUUCAAAUGACGGAACUCAACCAAAAUUGAGCAUUUCAUUUAUUAAAUCACAAAAAGGAAAAAAUUUAUUAGUAGCAAAUGAAUAUACUUUCAAACUAAACAAAACAACAACUACAACUAAAUAUUGGAAGUGUAUAUACAAUGGAUGCUCUUCUAAAAUUCAUACAAAUUUGAAUGAUAAAUUACUUAAAACAAUUGAUGAUCAUAGUCAUCCUUCAGAAAAAGAAGAUAUUCAAGUUCGUGAAUUUCGUGAAAAAGUAAAACAACGAGCAAUAAAUGAAACAACGCCCAUUCCACGUAUUUAUGAUGAAGAAUGUGAAAAAGCAUUGUUAGCAAAUGCAACAAUAGCUAUAUUACCAAGUGAACGUGAAAUGAAUAAUGGAAUAAAUAAAGCUCGUCGUGCAAUAACACCUAUCAUUCCAACAACACAGCUAUUUGAUAUCCCUGAACCUUUUGCAAAAACAUUGCGAAAUAAUGAUUUUUUAAUUGUUGAUAAAAUGAUUACAAGACGACAACGAAUAAUUCUAUUUGCAUCAAAUGAUCAACUGAAACUGUUAUUUAAUUCUGAUAAAAUAUUGAUGGAUGGAACAUUUUCAACUUGUCCUAAAAUGUUUGAUCAAGUAUAUACAAUUCAUGCCAUUAAAUAUGAUCAAUCAUUUCCUUGCGUAUUCGGUUUAUUACCUAAUCGAUUCAAAAGUACAUAUCAUUUUAUGUUUCAAGAGUUAAAAUCAACAGCUACACAGAUGCAAUUGAACUUUACGCCAAAAUCGAUAAUGACAGAUUUUGAACCUGGUCUUAUAAGUGUAAUUGCAGCUGAAUUUUCUGGAGCAACACAUUCAUCCUGUUACUUUCACUUUACUCAAGCUGUCUAUCGAGCUGUACAACGUGUUGGAUUAUCUACAAGUUAUAAUAACGACGAUGAUGUUAAACAUUUUUGUCGAAAAUUAAUGGCUCUACCUUUACUUCCUGAACCUAUUAUUGAAGAUACUUAUGAUGAUUUAUUAGCUGCAACACCUACAGAAUUAAAAAAAAAACUUGAUGAUUUGUUAGAAUAUUUUCAGGCACAAUGGUUUACGAAAGUUCCAAUAUCUCAAUGGUGUGUACAUGGUCUUAGUUUAAGAACAAAUAAUAAUGCAGAAGCAUUUCACAGUCGCUUUAAUCGACGAGUUCAAAUUAAUCAUCCAAACAUUUGGUCGUUCAUAAAGUUUCUACAAGGAGAAGAAAAUCGUUUUCACCACUUAAGUAUUCAAUUUCAUGCAGGUUUAGGAACACGACCUAAGCAAAUCAAAACAAUUGCCAUUCAACGUCGUAUCGAUAAUCUUAGUGAACGAUACUAUGAUGGCGUUAUAAAUGCUAUGGAAUACUUAGAUGGCUUAUCAUUCAUCGUUGCAAAACGAAAAAAAUGA